AUGAGCGGCAUUGCUAACAGCCCUGGUACAGAGACACGCCGUUCUAAGUCGAGUGUGGAGAAUCCAUUGCGGCAGAAAGAGGCUCGCCAACUUAUUGAACAUAUUCUAUCCUCAUCGGAACAGACAGAGGAAAUGCGAACUACAGAGGAUCAGGCGACUGUGUUCUCGGGCUUAAAGUUCACAAUGGAUUAUCCCUCCAAGGAGACCGAGCGUCACAAGACCAACUCUCUGAUUGACGUCCUGAAGAUGGAAAAAGAUGUUUCCCAUGGUUCUAAUGAUUCGUCGGCAGCACACUCUCACGAGUCAACAUCCAAGUCAUCAGAUGUAGAACUUACUGACAAGGCACUUCACCAGGGGCCCGAAAACACAGAAUCACGUGAAGUGCUCAUGUCUGCACUGGCCAAGUCCAUCAAACAUAAAAACACUGAGUCGCACUCCGAACACCAAUUGGCCGAGAGCCGGACGACUGCUGCAGAAGAUAAUGAUGACAAAGUUACUCAGGAGAAGGUAACUGCUGUCAGCGAAAAGUCGGAUAAGGUGCAGCCCACUGAGAAGGAACUGGAAUCGGUUCUGGCUAAGGCCAUCAUCAGUAAGGAGCAUGAAAUCCAUGAACGGAAAGAACUGGUUGCAACUUUAACAAACGCCAUUGCAAAGGAAGAGCAGAAGCUUCAUCCGGAAAGGACACACAACACAGUUGAGAGUGGAUUUCAACCUGAAAACGAAGACUGA